AUGCAAUCCAGAUCGGUACUUAUCUGUGUUCUUUUAGCCCUCGACAUACUCAAUUUUACAGUUGCCUCUUUAACCCAACGACCGAUCUACGCGAUCGCUCACCGAGUCCUACGAAACGAAGCCGUCACCGCUGCGCUUUCUCAUGGUGCGAAUGCAUUAGAGGUUGACUUAACAGCGUGGUACUUCGGCUGGUGGGCAGACCACGAUGGAAAGCUAUUCAGUGCUGGUUCUACAGCACGCGACCUCUUCAAGUUCAUCGCGCAGAAACAGUGGACGAAAGAUUACAACAUUUCCUUCGUAUGGCUGGAUAUUAAGAAUCCCGAUUUCUGCCGAAAAGGUCGACCCUGCUCCAUCGAAGCCUUGCGCGAUCUAGCUCGAGAGAUACUUGAACCAGCAGGUAUACGAGUACUUUAUGGUUUUUUCGAAACAGCUGAGAGUCGCGGGUUCAAGGUGAUCAGAGACGGUUUGAACUCGAACGAAGCCGUUGUUUUGAGUGGGGAGACGAGUACUAUCUUGCAUUUGUACAACAUUUCCGGGGCUGGCAUACCAGUUAAGCAGAUGGUUAUGGAUUUCGGGGAUUCGUGGCUUAGGAAAGGGGUCGACAUCUAUCCAGAGCUUCGGUAUGGAAGUUGGAAGCGUGAUCAUGGCAAACUCGGGAAGGUGUUUAGCUGGACUAGUGCGCAAGGGGAUACAGAAAUGGUGAGGUAUCUACUUCGGGAAGCUGGUAUUGAUGGGCUCAUAUAUGGAUAUCAGACUGAUGAGUAUAACGAUAAGAGUGGUCCUAAGUCUGCCCUUAAGGAUAUUGUUGACUUCGUCGAGGCUCAUUCGGAUACCCAUCGAAUGGCCACCGAAGAUGAUACGCCUUGGUAG